AUGACUGUCGAUUACGAAAUAUAUAAAGAGGGUGGUAUUUUGAACGAAAGAUACCAGAAAAUCGAAGAUAUUAGUGAAGGUUCUUACGGGUAUGUGUCACUUGCUAAGGACAUCAAGGAGAAAAGACUCGUUGCAGUGAAGUAUAUCUUCAAACUGGAAAAUGAGGAGAGUGACGACGAGGAGGAAAACAAUGAUCGAGCAAGCAAGCUCAACUUGGAACAAGAUAAGAAAUCUCUUAUCUCAGCUGACGUCAAGUCGAAGUUGACCGACGAUAUAUGCAUGGAGGCCAUGUACGAGGUGGAUAUCCAGACCAAGAUAGGAGAACACAGAAACAUCGUGCAACUGCUAGAUUUCUUCGACUCAUACAUCAUCAUGGAGUACUGCUCCGGUGGGGAUCUCUACGAAGCCAUCAAGGAUGACAUUGUCCCCAAAUCGACAAAAUCAAUCACCAAGAUCUUGAACCAGAUCAUGGACGCGGUAGAAUUCGUCCAUAACAAGCAUAUAUACCACAGGGACAUCAAACCGGAGAACAUCUUGAUUAAUGGCAUCGAUUGGAAUAUAAAAUUGACCGAUUGGGGGCUCGCUACGACAAAUGAGUUUUCUAUGGACAGAAGCGUCGGAUCCGAGAGGUACAUGUCCCCAGAACUGUUUGAAUCGAACUUGGACAUCCAAGAAAGGAAGGACCCCUAUGAGUGUGCCAAAGUGGAUUUAUGGGCAGUCGGUAUCGUUUUUUUGAACAUUGUAUUCCACAAAAACCCGUUUAGCGUCGCCAAUCAAACGGAUAAAUCGUUCUGUUACUUCGCAGCAAACAGGGAGGCGUUGUUCGAUGUAUUCUCCACUAUGGCUUACGAUUUUUUCCAAGUGUUACGGUAUAGUCUUACUAUCGAUCCGAAAAAUAGAGAUUUGCAAAAAAUGAGAUAUGAGUUAAACAACCUCUCGGAGUACACUUUGGAUGAUGAUUACUACAACAAUCUGGAGGAAGGUUACGAGACAGAAGGUUCAGAGAUAACAAGAUUCACUCCACCGGAUAUUAUCCCGCCAUCAUCUGCCCCUGUGUCUUACCCAACUCCAAUCUCUUCCCCUAAACAGCUACCAAAAAUUGAAACCGCUGAAACUUCUCUGGCUUCAGAAACAUUGAACAAGGAUAAAAAACCGCUACAGAUCCCCCAGUUCAACGUCAUUCAGGAUAAACUGUACAACCACUAUAAGAGUCCCAACCAAAACAGCUCCUACCAAACUAACAAGCAGAAGGCAUAUUUGGCUCAUAGUAGCAACAUAAAGACUGCCGGGGACUCAAAUGGUCAUUACGCAGACAAUUUUGGUAAAGAGCGGGCUAGGUCGGCUCCUAAAUUCAAAUUUAACAACAGGCGGUACCGCACAAAGAAUAACAACAACAACAGUACUGCUUAUGGUGCGCACUACGGCUAUAAUCAUAACUAUGGCGGCACCCAGAAUAAGAGUGGGGGUCGUCGCCGUAAUCAAAAUAGGUAUUAUUCAAAGGGAAUAGAUAUCAAUAAUAGAAAUAAGAGUAAAAUUUUGAAGGAUUCAAGGAAACCUCUCGGUAUUCCUACACCAAAUACCCAUAUUAACAAUUUUUUCCAUGACUAUAAGAACGAAAACGCGCAUGGCGAGCAUAACUUCAACACGAGGGACUUCUUCACCCCACCAAGUGUGCAAAAUAAGUACUUGGAGGGAAUUUUUGAUUCAAGGUUCCACAAACAACAUCAGCAUAGGAAAAACAAUUUUCCAGGAAACAAUUUCAGAAACUGGAAUAACGGAAGCAACAACAGUUCGAGUAAAAGUUACAAACAAAACACCAGCAACAACAACAAUUUCAACUUCAGUAAAUACAGAAGACCCAGCACUACUGGGAACUCCGGUUAUAAUAUGAACAACAAGGGAUACGCGGGGCAAAGACACAGUUUUACGAACGGUACGGUAACGAGUGGAUUCUUGAAGCCAGAAUACGUUUCAAAACAUAGUCCAGGUGCAUAUAUUCCACCUUUCGCAAGAGGUAAUCAUAACCAUCACUCAACUGGCACCCCCGUCCAAAACUAUAAUAUUCCAAAUAUUUCCAGUGUUUUGGAUAACUCACCCAAAAACGCUAACACGCAUAGUGAUAUAUUGAAUCAUGCACAACAACUGAGCGACGACGGGCAUGAUUCAGAUGAUAUCCUUUUCACUUUGGAAGAAAAUGAUAAUUCUUUUGUUAAAAACUUCCACGGCCUCUCUGUCGACGAUGACAAACAAAACUACAUGACACCUCCAAUUGUGGCUCCAUCGUCAGCGGGUGCGGAAUCAUAUUUGCAGACUCACGGUAAUGCAAUAAAGAGUAACACGGGGAUCGGUCACUCUUCCACUAUUGAACCCCUGAACAUAAACCCAGUGCAUGCGCAGCAUAGCGAUUUACCGGAUUUAUUGAAGUCACCGGUGACCAGUACGAUUAGUUUGCACCAUUCAUUACAUCAAGACAAAAGUCCACCGCACCCAAAUGUCAGGGAACAUGUGAUUGAAAUUCCGAUGAAAUCUCCAAAGUCAGGUGUUUAUGUACCUCCUCACCAUCGGAGAGCAUCCAUGAAUACAACCACAAAUGAGGCAGUUCUAUCAGUUACUCACAAUUCUCUAAACUAUCUUGAUGGGAAACAGGCAGGUCCCUCAUCUCCAUUCCGUAAGCCAGUUCUACCCGUUAAUCAUUCGAGCACAACCAUCUCUUUACAAAAUGAAGACGUUUUCGCUGGACCCAACAGUGACGCUCUUAUUUUUGAGGACGACGAGGAUGACUACGAUGACAAUGAUGACGAUAGGGCCAUGUUUGGACCAUAUCAAAUCUAUGAUAAUGCUUCUGACCACACCAGAAUCAACAAAUUUAGAGAGGGUAGGAAAUCGAGCACUUUACAAGACGAAAUUGUUGGCUCCUUAGAACAAUACAAAAACAACUGGUUGAUGCUACAACAACAACAAGAGUAG